AUGGCAGACGACGACACCCUCCCGGCAACCAUCACCAUUGCGUUCAAGUACAAGAAGGAGACCUUUACGCUGAGCUUUGAGCCGACAGACUCGGUCCUUGCCGUCAAGACGCACCUGUUCACACACCUCCACAUCCAUCCGCACCGGCAGAAGCUCAUCGGCCUGCGCCAUGCCGAGACCAAAAAGAUGCCUCAGGACGAGGACUUGCUAGAGGACUUGGUUUUCAAGGCCACAAAGGGCGGCCACAAGGUGUUUGUCUCUGGCACGCCUGACGACGACCUCUUUGUCGAUCCCGUCGAUCUCGACGCCGACGACUUGCCCAACGUCGUCAACGACCUCGACUUUGACUACUUUCCCUCGGCAGAGACCUCUUCAUCGCUCGCCGACUCGCCCGAGGUCCAGGCCAAGCUCGACAAGGCCAUCGCCGAUGUCGACAUCCGUAUCCUCAAUCCGCCGCGCGAGGGCAAGAAGCUGCUUGUCCUCGACCUCGACUACACCCUCUUCGACAUGAAGAGCACCGCAGAGUCCAUCAACGAGCUCAAGCGCCCGUUCCUCGAGGAGUUUAUGACUCUCGCCUACCAGCACUACGACAUUGUCAUCUGGUCCCAAACAAAGUGGACCUACCUCGAGAUGAAGCUCACCGAUCUCGGCCUCCUCACCUCGGACGCCUUCAAGCUCAUGUUUGUCCUUGACAUCUCAUGCAUGUUCUCCGUCCGCUCCAUGUACAAGGGCAAGCCGCGGACUCACCAGGUCAAGGCCCUGCCCAUCAUCUGGGCCCACUUUCCCGACCGCUUCGGCCCGCACAACACCGUCCACAUCGACGACGUCUCCCGCAACUUUGCCGUCAACCCACAGCAGGGCCUCAAGAUCAAGGCCUUUAAGCGUGCCGCUGUCAACCGCGCCACAGACCGUGAGCUCUUCCGUCUCUCCGCCUACCUCAUCCACCUCGCUACCUCGGUCCCGGACUUUCGCUCGCUUGACCAUGCCCGCUGGAAAAAGGUGGUCAAGAAGAUCAUCACCUCGGCCUCGACGUACGGCGAGCCCACGCUCCGCUUCUUCACCUUCUCCUCGUCCGAGUCGCAGUUUACCUACGUCGCCCUCUCGACUGUCAAUGAUUACAACAACCAUGUCAACCGCACCAACGCCGUUGAACUCUAUCGCUUCGAGCACACGGACAUCCUUGAUCGAUCAGUCUACAAGCGCUGGUUAGACACCCUUGGUGCUCCGGAUCUCCUUCCGCUCUACACUGGCCCACGUGCGAGAGAGUUUCUCGACGCAGGCAAAAUGUCCGACCUGAGCGAUGUGUGGGACGAGACCGGCCUCCACGGUGACGUCCUCCCACUCGCAGACGCUCUCGUUUCGGGCCAGGCCGGGGAAAAGUUCGGCAUUCCGCUCCUUGCUACAGGCUCUAUGUGCAUGUACCGCAAGUCCGUCUUUCGCACCAUCGGCGUCUCCACCCCACCGCAGACCUGGGACGAGCUCCUCGCCCUCUGCCAGGCCUUUGCCGACGUCGGCAUCCCCUGCCUCGGCAACGACCUCGCCACUCUUCCGCCGACUCAGUACUUUGACUCGCUCGCCAUUCGCAUGCACGGUAACGAGUUUUACGCAAACUUUACCGAUGCCGGUAUCUCCUUCACAGACCCACGCGUGCUCGCCGUCUUUGACGAGCUUAUUCCGCUCGUCGGCAAGGGCUACUUUGCUCGCACUCCCUCGCCAAGCCCGGGCCUCGAUCGCGUUCUCGUCGACAUCUCUGCUCUCGCACUUGAUCGCGCUGCUGUCAUCUGCGGUCUCGAGUCGGUCUCGCCCGUUCUCCUCGCCAUGGGCAUUCCUAACGACGACAUCUCCGUCUUUGCUUUUCCGGUCGUUGACCACACUUCGGCCUUACUCGGCAUCGUCGGCAUCGUCGGCCUCCCCACCAAUGCCGCCCAUCCACACGAGGCUCGAGACUUUCUACGCCUCGUUGCUCGCGCGUCUUCGAUGGCCCGCCAUCUCGCCAACUCACCUGGCAUCGUCCCACUCCGCACCUCGCUUGGCGCCCAUCUCACCAGCAACCGCUCGCGCCUUGUCUACAACGCCCUCUCCUCCACUCCCAUUCUGUAUCAGCGGAGUGGUCUGGCCGGCUUUGGCUUUACCUCCAUUUUUGCCGGCUGGUCCUCCCUCAUCCUUCGCAUCUUCUCCGCCGCAAACAAUGCCGAGGCCUACGCUGUCCUCGACGCCAGCCUUCCCGAGCUCGAGGCGCUCCGGGUCCGACUCGUUCUCGGUCAAGCCGCACAGCCCGAGUUCUCGCCCCGAUCGGGUGCUUUUGCUUCAGCUGUCACGCUCACGCUCUCCUCGCCCGAGGAAGGUGCCGUCAUCUACUUUACCCUCGAUGGCUCGGAGCCGUCGUUCACUUCGUCUGUCUACUCUGAGCCCAUCCGCAUCGCCACCUCGGACACCGUCACCGUCCGCGCUACUGCCGCCGUCCAGGGCCUCUCGCUCGCUACCCCGGCUUCUGCCACCUACGUCGUCAACAUCCCGCCGGCCACAGACUCGGGCUCAGUCCGCCUCUCGCUCCUGCUCGCCAUCGUCAUCCCGGUCACUCUCGUUUGCUGCGGCAUCUGCGCCGCUGUCGGCUACGUCAUCUACCGUCGCAAGUCGGUCACCUACACCCUCGUCUCGGACGCCGAGCUCGUCAUCCCGCCCGAGAACCUCCGCGUCCUCCACGUCGUCGGCCGCGGCUCGUACGGCACCGUCUACGCCGGGACAUGGCGCGCCACGAGCGUGGCCAUCAAGCGCAUGCAUGCCAAGGUGCUCGGCCCACGCGAGCUCUCCGAGUUUGUGGACGAGGCCCACACGCUGCACCUCCUCCGCCACCCGAACAUUGUCAUCUUUAUGGGUGUCACGCUCGAGCCGCCGGCCAUUGUGACCGAGUUUAUGGAUCGCGGCUCGAUGUACGAGGUCCUCCACACGGCCGAGUUGUUCCUCGACCCGUCGAUGGGCCUCUCGCUCGCUACCCCGGCUUCUGCCACCUACGUCGUCAACAUCCCGCCGGCCACAGACUCGGGCUCAGUCCGCCUCUCGCUCCUGCUCGCCAUCGUCAUCCCGGUCACUCUCGUUUGCUGCGGCAUCUGCGCCGCUGUCGGCUACGUCAUCUACCGUCGCAAGUCGGUCACCUACACCCUCGUCUCGGACGCCGAGCUCGUCAUCCCGCCCGAGAACCUCCACGUCCUCCACGUCGUCGGUCGCGGCUCGUACGGCACCGUCUACGCCGGGACAUGGCGCGCCACGAGCGUGGCCAUCAAACGCAUGCAUGCCAAGGUGCUCGGCCCACGCGAGCUCUCCGAGUUUGUGGACGAGGCCCACACGCUGCACCUCCUCCGCCACCCGAACAUUGUCAUCUUUAUGGGCGUCACGCUCGAGCCGCCGGCCAUUGUGACCGAGUUUAUGGAUCGCGGCUCGAUGUACGAGAUUCUCCACGCACCGGACCUCGCCAUCGACAACUCGAUCGCUCUCAAGUGGGCGCACAACAUCGCACAGGGACUGCAGUACCUCUCGCAUGCCGGGAUUGUACACGGCGACUUUAAGUCGCUCAACGUGCUCUUUGACUCGUCGUGGGUGCCCAAGAUCUGCGACUUUGGCAUGGCGUCGGUCAAGAAAGGCAACACUAUUGUUGCCGACGGCAAGCUUGUGGCCAAGGGCCGGGCCAUCAAGCACACUGACUCGGGUGUGGUUUCUGCCGCCGGCUCGUCAAGCAUUCUCGCUUCGCGGCCGUCGUCGCUGCCGUCAAACGCCGCCUCGCGCUUUCUCGCAGAGUCGUCGUACCUCGUCACCCAGUCGCUCUCUGGCGACGGCUCGGUCAUGCACUCGGCAGCCAACGUGGGAACGGUCUUCUGGGCCGCGCCCGAAGUCCUCACCUCGGGAUCCUGUGCCAUGACCACUCAGUCUGACGCGUAUGCCCUGGGCAUUGUCCUCUGGGAGAUUGCGACCCGCGAGGAUCUCUAUCCUGGCGAGAACGUCCUCGCCGUCGCCCUCGAGAUCCUCGAAGGUCGCCGGCCUGACACCACCUCGAUCCCCACCGCGCUCUCGGGCAUCAUCCCGGUCAUUUCCGCUCUUUGGGCCCAACGAGCCUCGGACCGCCUUGAUCUCGACGCCGCCGUCGCCAAGCUCGGCACGCUUUACUCGCCUGAAAAUGUGACCUAUCCGUCGUCGCUCUCAACGCCGACCGGCUCGCUCAUCGUCGUCCAUUGCGUCCUCCGCAACGCGCGCGCCAUGCUUCUUGUCAACAUCGACGACACCAUCGCCCGUCUCCGCAUGUUCCACGACUCGUUCCCGCAUCUCGCCAAGGCUGCCGCUGUCACCAUCCUCCAAUGGGGGCUUGGUUGGGUCACUCUCGGCGUCCACCGUCCGAGCCAGCUGCCGGACGUCCUCUUCCUCGUCGAGUCGCUCGCUUCCUCAGAAUCGGGUCCCAUCGCCAUGCUCGUUGCUGAGGGCACCAUCGUCUCUUCGAAGGACUCUUUCGGACACCACACGCUCGGCGGGCCUGUCAUCGAAACGCUGCGCGCCAGCUGGGCCACUAUGUUUGGCACCAAGGGCUCCGGCUUUGACACCCUCUCCCCGCAGACUGGCAUCGGUACAAACGCCCGCCAGCGUUCACCCCCGCCGCUGGCGGAAGCAUGGGACCACGCCGUUCCGGGCGGUAUGUUCAUCGCCACGACGACUCUCGCCAACCAGCUCAAGUCCUUGUCCAAAAUCCAAGUCAUCCGCAUCCCUUGGCUCGUCAACGAUGAGCCGGUCUUUCAGCUUGUCGACGCCUCGGGCGUUGCCGUCACAGACGUGGCCAAGCCCAUCACUGCUCGCGACUACCGUACCCACUCGGACGAAGCCAUCGACAGCAAUGCCGAUAACGACCUUGGCUCGUUGGGCUCACGUCCGCCGCUUCCGCCGACCGCCGCCGCUACACCCUCGGCCGUCACCCGCGCCGCCGCCGCCCUCGACGACCUGCUCGUCAACUCGGCAGACUUACAAGACUCGGCACUGGUGUGCUCGCUCGACGUUGACGACAACUCGCACUCCCCUGACUCAUCGACGUCGUCCCCCGCAUACGCCGCCCAGCCGAGCUCGGAUCACCGCCCGGGACGCUCGACCAUGGCCGUCACCAAAAGCAAUUUUACCGCAGAGUCGAACUCAAACAUCUCGCCGUCGCAGCCGCUGGCUCCUACCGUCCAAUCACCGCCACUCUCGACAUCGGGCGGCUCGGUGAUGCUCCGGUCGUCCGGCGCGUCAAACCGUCACUCCUCGCCAUCCUCGUCAUCCUCGUCAUCCUCGUCAUCCGCUCUUGACACUGCCUCGUCGUUGUCGGAAGCAGAGGAGCAGAUGGAAAACGCCGUCGGCCGCGAGUUCUCAAGAUGGGACCUUCCGCGCUGGGCCGUCCUCCACAUGAUGGAGGCGUGCGGCGACGCAUGGCUCGGCUCGAUGGCCAUGGCCUACGAGGCCGUGCUCUCGGGCCAGCCAGUAGUGGUCAAGGUCCUUCUCCGGCAGAAGAUGUCGCCUGGCGACCUGGUGAGCUUUGCCGAGGCCGCCGCCCGUGCUACGCUCGCGUCGGCGGUUGGCGUUGUCGGCCCCAUCGCGGUUUGCCUCGACGCGCCGCUGCUCGCAGUCGUCAAUCCGCGCUACGACACCGGCUCGCUUCACGACGCCAUGACUGGAGUCUCGCCGCUGGUUCUCGAUCGGCGUGGGUCGUACGCAGUGGCCACGUCGAUGACCGAAGCUCUGGCCAAGCUACACGCCGAGACAGGGCGUGCCCACGGAGCGCUGCGCCCGACCAACGUGGUACUGGUCGGCGCCAACGGCUCCAUCCUCUCAGCCCACGUCAUUGACUUUGGCUUUGGAGAAGUCAAAACCUCGCUCGGGACGCAGACCAUGGUUCCGACCGUGGCGUACAUGUCGCCGGACGACCUGCGCGGGAGCCUCGACUCGAUGCCUGGUGACGUCUUUGUCGUCGGCACACUCCUCUACGAGAUGCUGACCGGGCUCUCGGCAUUUGCUGGCCGCAACGCUAUCGAGGUCUCGCACGCCAUCAUUUCCGGUGAGCGGCCUCAGCUCACCGAAGCAGAAAUCGAGUCGCAGGCCAUGCGCCGCCUCAUCGCCUCGUGCUGGCUCUCGGACGCAGCUGCGCGUCCGACCAUGGCCGAAAUCGCUACCCAAGUCGCCGCCCUCGACGUCACCGACUUUGUCCAGACCGGUCCCGCUGCCCGUGUCGCCGCCGAAUCUGCUGCCCGCGUCGCCGCCGCCACCAAAGCCGCUACUGCCAAAAAGGCCCGCACACCCCGCCAUGCCCAUCGCCGCCUCUCAUCGGUCUCCGUGGCGUAGAGUCUGAAGGCCGUUUGUUGGCAGGUAAGGACUGCGGGUCAAGUAUGUCACGGCGCACCACCCCCCUCCCCCCUCCCUCCUUCCAUCAACCAAUGUUCCUCAAUUUAACCACCACCACACAAAC